AUGCUCUCCAAGACUCUAUUCAUUUUGGCCUCGGCCACACUAGCCACCUGCCAAUUCGACCCAACAUCGGUCCCUUACGCUACACGAGAGGCAUGGUGCAACUCCCAAACAUCUGCCUGUCCCCUCCUCUGUCUCCAAAUCCCAGGAGCAUCUGGAACACCAACAUCAAACACCUGCUCAGCCGCAACACUCAACUACUAUUGUCUAUGCAGUAAUGGCGCAACUCCUAACGCAACUGAAUAUUCCCAAACAAUCCCCUACUACACAUGCACGGAAGCCAAUAACCAAUGCGUGCUCAAAUGCAAUGGUGAUUCAACAUGUCAGGCGGCUUGCCGUACUGAUAACCCCUGCGGAGCUCAGGACCCUAAGCGCGUCAAUGUGACUACAACCUCGGCCUCGGCCUCUACUGCUACGGCUUCUCCAACGGAAACGCCGGUUAAUACCGAUUCUACCGGUGCGGCGUCGAGGAUGAACCUUGAUAUGGGUCAUGUUUAUGGGCUUUGUGUUGUUGUUGGCGGGUUUGUUGCUGGGUUUGCUACUCUUUUGUAG